AGCCUCAUAAAUGGGCUGAAAAAAAUUUAAAUGAUUCUAUAGACAUUUGGGAGUUUUAUGCUGGCCCUUUUCGAGUUAUAGUUCCUUGCGACGCAAAAUAUGUUGAUAAAAUAUAUUUGUCAUAUAAUGAGUCAAAGAGUUUAUCUAAGGAAGUAAUGUUUUCUAAACGUGGCGUUGCUGUUUAUAAUGAGGUUGGAAUACAAAAUGGCGUAGUAUUUAAUAAUGAUAUUCAUAAAUGGAAACGAAGUCGGCAAUUCAUCACUAAAGUAUUAAUGUCUAAAAAACACCAGAUUGAAUUUAAAAAUAGUAGUCAAAAGAUAUUUGAGGAAUAUGAGAAGCAAUGGGAUAAAAAUGACGGUAUAACCUUAGAUUUUUCCAAAUGGAUAUCUUUGUAUAAAGCAAAAGUAACAAUCGCUACUGUCAUUGGACAACCACUAUAUAACUUGCCAUCAUUUGAUUCAAUUUCCAGAGCUGCAGCUGAAUACGUUAUAAUGGAAUCCGUUUUCUUGAAUGGUACAAUUCGUAGUAUUAUUCAAGAACGUAGAGAUAAGAUUAUGAGUGGAUCGAUACCAAAUUUUAAUUUAUUAGACCUAUUGUUGAUUACUAAUUCAUCAAGUAAUUCUGAGGGAUAUAUUGAAGGUGAACAACCUAUGAAUGAUGAAGAAAUUGAAACCAACCUUGCUGAAAUCACUACCAGCAAUGCUCUUUGCUUUCUUGUAUAUAAUGUUGCCAAAAAUCCUUUAAAUCAUGAGAAACUUUGUGCAGAAAUUUUCAAAAUAUUUGGAUCAGAUACAAACGCAAUGGUUACUUACGAAGAUCUUGAAAAAUGUCGCUAUGUAGAUGCAUUGGUUAAAGAAAGUUUACGUAGUUCAAACCCUGUUCCAUACAAUUUGCGUGUGCUUAAUGGUGAUGAUAGCACUGAUAAAUUUCAUUGGUCGCCUGGAACAUGGUUCUUGAUUGAUAAUCAAAGAAUAAUGAAUAAUCCUAAAUAUUGGAACGAACCAAUGAAGUUUAAUCCAGAUCGAUUUCUCAGUGAAGAACACGGAGGCACCAACGAAUUUAGCAAUAUGUGCAAGAAUGGAUACGUGCCAUUUGGUGGUGGUUUAAGAAUAUGCCCAGGAAGAAAUAUUGCAUUAAUUGAGCUAAAAUUACUAGCUAUAUUAUUUUUUAGAAAGUAUAAUAUUGAAUUAGUAAACAAUGAAUCAAUUAAAUAUGUUUAUAGGACAACUAACCAAGUCCAUGACUUCAUGAUCAAAAUAUCUCAAAAAAGAAAAUAA